AUAGUUUCGAAUUUAGAUGAUCCAAAGACAUGCCUUGGUAUUUUAUUGGUGCUGGUUUUUCGUUUUUUCUUUUGGGGUGAGUUUCACUCCACCCACGAAAUCUCGCUUCUUGACUUCAAGCAAGCAGGGGACCCCUUGUAUGGAAAGAGAAGCAUCUUUUAACCCCCCACCCUCUCUCGCUGUGUCUCCGUGUCUGCCCUGCCCUCUAUGCCUAGCCCCUCCUGCCCAACGAGACUCUGAAGAAGCCACCCCAAAGCCUCAAUCUUUUCACUUGGCUUCCUCUAAAAUCUGUCUUUUUUUGCUUUGUUCUCUCCUCUGAUCCAGUGUCCUUCUCUUAUAGCUAUUGUUGGUGUUGCUUCUUCAACAAUUUUUUUUCCAAUUUCCAUAGCUUCUGCUGCUCCCACUGGUUUGAACCCAUCAAAGCACGAACACCCAGUUGGGUUGGUGAUUGGAAUCGGUUCUUGAUCGAGCACCCAGAUUCAGCGGAUCAACUUUGGGUUUGAAGAUGCAAAAAGCAGCUGGUUCCUCAUCCUCAUAGAGAAAACGCGGCUGGCAGUUUAUGGCGAAUCGUUCUAUCCCUAUUCUUUUACCUUUUGUGGGAUUAUUUUGAGAAAUAUUUCAAAACUGCGUAUCAAGUUCUGUUAAAUUGACUGAUGGGUAGAGUUAGAGGAAAAGGGAAGAAGCAAAUGCUUGCGACUCGUGAAGAUCCUGGGAGCGGCGAAGAAGAAAAAGUUCCGAGAAUUAGAAAACGGGGAAGGCCACAGAAGCCAGUGAAGGAUGAAGGCGACGAUCUUGAAACUGAUAAGAUAGAAGAAAUUGUUGAGCUUACCAAAGAUUCGCUCUCUGGGAAGGAUGUGAAAAACGAGGCUGCCACUGAAAAUGGAAGGAAGAGGAAAAGGUCUGCACAAGCCAAAGACAGUAUAGAUUCUGUCAAAGAGGAAAAUGGUAUUAAAACUAAACCAAGCGCCAAUGAUGCAGUCAAAUUCGUUGGAUACCGAACAAAUGGGAAUAGGCGAAAGAACAAGCCUCGCCGUGCUGCUGAAGCUGGGGUUGAGUGCAACCUGUGUUUAUGGAUUGGAACUCUUGGAAUCAUCUCCCGGGGUGUGGAUAUUCAGCAACAGGAUGUUUGGGAGGCCAGAAAACAACACAUGAAUUAACGGUCACUACUGAAUUUGAACAUGAGAGUGAUGGGGAUCUGCAGGCCAAGUAAAUGCCUCAGAGCUGAGAUUGCUUCAGUUUGGUUAGUUGGCAUGUACCCUUUUUCAUGUACUGAUCAGAGCCUUGCCUCAGAUAGGGGUCAAGUAGGUCGCCAAUUAGCGAUAUGCAGCAAGAAAGCACCUUGAGUUUUGGGCCUCUAAAUUUUGGGAUUGUACUGAGAAGUUGAAUUGGCUACAGAAUCCAGGCAGAAGGUGAACUUGAGGCAGCAUAUGAUAACAUGAACAAAUGAAAACUGGAUUAGGACAUAAUACACGUGUAUGUAUUGACUUUGACGAUUCGUAUAAGGGAGGAAAUGUCCAGGAUUGCUUAUAUGAAUCAGUUAGCCCUAGCCAUGGGCUGCAGAAAUGCAAUGGUUGAUGUUGCUUGAUUUGUGUGGACUAGGAUUGUUACCUGUAUCUUCUUUCAUUACUGAGUUCUUUCUUUGGAGUUGGAGUGGGGCUAGUGUAUUGAGUACCAUUCCUGGGGAUAUGCAGUUUGUGGUGCUACAACUACAAGGGAACUAUAAUGGCCGAGGUCUUGUUACUGCCAUUACCAAGUCAACAUCGCUUGCUGAUAAGCACUUGGUAAUCAUAUGAUUCUUCUGUUGCUUUAGUUUGAUCUUAUCGAUGAGCGGGGAAGAACUGGCCUUGUCCAAGGUCAUUGUUGUCGAUGUGAUGGAUUUUGAUUUAUCUUUGUGGAAA